CAAAGUCGGUCGUACGAAUACAGAUAUGAUCGUUGUUUAAUAAUUUUAUAAUAAGCCAAAGUGAAAUAUUAAGGCAAACUACUUUAUAGAACCAUAAUAAUUUAAACAGUUGUUAUCCCUCAUCUGUUUAUUGUGUCACUGUUUGGCAAGUGCAGAAACUUGAUAAAUUGCAUAGAACAUAAACACAAAAUGAAUGUAAAAUGUAAACGUCAUUUAAUUGUGCUAAAGUGUAUGUUGUUGUGAUUACGUUUCCAACAACAUUCAGUGAUUCUAAAAUGUUAUGAUUACGUGAUAUGAAUAUAUUUGUGUAUAUUGUUUUAUCUAAUGUGUAAUCAAGAUGAAUUGGUUCGAUACUUCAGGAUUGACAAGUUUAGCUAAAACUGCACUCAAAGAGGCCCAGAAAACCAUCGAUAAAGCAUUAGACAUCACUGAUGAAAGUAGCGAGGAGCCCGAUGAUGAACCCGUUCCCAUUAAGCCGACGAAAUCGUUGAGUAGCGGCAAUACCCCUCAAAAAGACAGCUCCGAUUUCUUUUCUUCAUGGGGUCUAACUGUUAGUGCCGAAAGCUCAAAAGAUCCGAUAAAGGAACAGCCGGUGGUCACCGAGAGCCCUUCUAAGUCGAACUCUCAAAGCUUGUGGGGGUCUUUUGCAGGUUCGUUUUUUGAGCAACAACAACAACAAAAGGCAUCCGAAAAUGAAUCUGCUAUUGUCCGACCACCUAAGGCUAAAUCAAUGACUGUGAUUGCUGACAGUAAAUACGACAGCCAAGAUGAUCUGUUUUCCAGAAGUCAGCUAGUUAUGUCCGAUGGUGCAGAUUGCUUGGAUACAAAGAAAGAUGAUUUAAUUUCUAAAUUUGAUAACAGGCGGAACUCCUCUUUAUCUCACAGACUCUCCCUUGUCUCUAGUAGAAAUAGCUCGGACUCUGUUGAGGUAUUAUCACACAGCCUAAAAACAACUCCCGACUCUGAAGUUUCUGUGCACACAAUUUCAAAUAGUAGCAGCGCAGGCCAAAAACAAACAUCCGAGUCAGUAGAAAUAUUGCCAGAUAGUCUCAUUAGCCCUAGUUCUAUAGAAUGCCUUGGUUUUGAUAGCUAUGCAAGUGAUAAAAAUAGUAGCACAUCUUCCAAUCUAUCACCGGGUGACCUAUCAGAUAAAAAGUCAACACCAAUCGGUGAAGCUACAGAGAAAGCAGAGACGGCUGACAGUGUGAGCUUGGUUGCUGAUGAUGAUGAAGAUACUAUGUCAUACAACUCCAUCUCAGAAUGUACAGCCCCUACUGUCCUGGACACAGAUGAAAAACCUAUCAGCCCUUUUCCUAAACCAAAAAAUGAUACACAUAAAAAAGUUACAGACAAGGACCCAACCCAUCUGGAGCACCCAAUAUUAUCUCAAAAGAUGCAAAUUAGUGAGAACUCAUCCAAUGAUGGAUCCUGGUCUGACAGGACAUUAAACGCUGACAAUGAUAGUGUUAUUCUAGAAGCCACAGAAGACAAUAACAAAGAAGUAGACCAUGAGGAUUCACUGAUGGAAAAAUUGAGUGAUUCCUCAUCAUUUUACAAUGUCAAUGUUACCACAGAUUUACUAAGAUCAGAAAGCUCAACAUUCGUUAAUAUUGAGAAGCAACAAUCCAGUGCUCCGGGCAGCAGCGAAUCUUCACAAAAAGAGAGCAUCAAAGAACGAACAUCCCCCAUCAGUUCCGACAGCAAAAGUGAUUUAGUAAAAAUUGGAUCUGACCGUACAUCAGGUCAUACAUCUGGAGACGAAGUGGAGACAGCCACGUCAUCCGACAUUGAAAUUAUACCAAGCCCAAAUGGUGAUAAUGGACACAGUUUUUGCAGAAGUAGCCCAGGAAAAUAUAACUUUAAGCAAGGCAAGUUUGAUGGCACAACAUCUCCCAAUCUGGUGGAUUUAGUAUUGGGAAAAUCUCUGGCCACAAAAAUACGUGGACACACCAGAGAACUUUCGGAGACAUCUGUUCAAAGCAACACAAGCGAUGAAAGCCAAGGCUCGGAAAAUGAUCGUCUGAUGCGGAGACUAUGUGAAAUGGCAGAGAUUUUAGAUGCGAGGGAAAGCAGGCUAAUGGAAGUAAGUAGAAGUAAUGCUGAACUGAUCGAAAGCAACACGAAUCUGAAGAGUCAGAUGGAGUCACUGCUGGCAAAGCAUGAUGCAGGCGACAUCAAUUUGAUCACAGAAGAUUAUACACAAAGGAUGUCGGCACUAGAAAAAAAAUUUCAGCAGGCCAUUAGAGAAAAGGACCAGCUACGUAAGGAGUUAGACAAGCUGAAGACGGAGGCGACGCGCAAGGGUUCCUCUGAGCUGGAGGAGGGCAUCAAGGAGCGGGACGAGGUGAUCGCGCAGCUGCAGGAGGAGGGCGAGCAGCUAUCGCGCCAGCAGCUGCAUCACUCCAACAUCAUCAAGAAGCUGCGCGCCAAGGACAAGGACAAUGAACAGGUCAUCAAAGGCUUGAGGGACAAGAUUGCGGAGCUUUCGUCGGAGCUGGACCGCGCGAAGCGUGCGGCGGCCGCCAAGGAGGAGCUGGAAGUGAGCCAGAUCGAGGCAGUGUACCGGCUCACCACCGCCAAUAAGAAAAUGGAAACCGAACUCGUUGAGACUCGGAGCGCGCUGGAGGACACGCUGGAGCGGCUGGAGAGCGCGCGCACCUCGCUGGAGGGCGCGCGCCGCGAGCUGGCGGAGCUGCGACACGCGGCCGCGGAGGCCGAGCGCGCCCGCACCGCCGCGCACGACGCGCACGAGCACUGCCAGCGCGCGCAGCACGAGGCCGACACGCUGCGCGCCCAGCUGCACCAGCUGCGCCUCGACCGCACCAAGGAGGAGCAGCGCUGGAGGGCGCGCGAGGAGGCGCUGCGGCAGGAGGCGGCGGAGGCGCGCGAGGUGGCGGCGGGGGGCGCGGCGGGCGGGGCGGCGGCGGGCGAGGGCGCGGGGCAGGGGCAGGGGGCCGGGGCGCUGCUGGCCCAGCUGGCCGCGCUGCAGCGCUCCGCACUGGAGCGGGAGCGGGCGCACAGCGCGGCCGCCGCCGCCAGGCAGAGGCUCCUCGAGGAGGCGCAGACUGGGGCGGCGAAGGCGGGCGAGCGCGAGCGGCUGGCGCGCGAGGAGGCGGCCGGGCUGCGCGCGCGGCUGCCGGCCGCCGAGGAGCAGCUGGAGGCGGCGCGCGCGCAGCACCGGGAGCUGUCCGAGCACUGCCAGCGCGCGCUGCACGCCCAGCGGCGCGCCGAGCUGGACCUCGCGGACAAGGCGGAGGAGCUGGGGCGCGUGCGUGCGGAGUGCGAGGCUAGCGAGGCGGCGCUGCGGGAGCGGCUGCAGCAGCUGGAGACGCAGCUGCAGACCGCGCGCCUCCAGCUCGACACCGAGCGCAAGCGCUCCGAGAUCCUGCAGGAGCAGGCGGCGCGCGGGGACGUGUCGCCGCCGCACUCGCUGGCCUCCGACACGCUCUCCGCCUCGCUCUGGCCGACGGAGGAGUGCGGGCGGUCGUCGCCCGUGUCAGUGGGAGGUGCGGGUGGUGCGGGAGGUGCGGUGUCGGCGCUGUGCGUGGAGGACGCGCUGGCGGCGGUGUCGCGGCGCGAGGGGUCGGCGCGGGCGAUGGCGGGCACGCUGGCUGCGCUGCGCACGGAGCGCACGGCGCUGCGCAACCAGCUCGCCGAGCUGCACGCUCAGCUGCAGGACCAUCAGAGCCUGCAGGAGCAGUACGACGCGCUGCUGCAGAUGUACGGGGAGAAGGAGGAGCAGCUGGCGGAGCUGCGCCUGGACCUGCAGGACGUCACGCACCUCUACAAGGCGCAGCUGGACGAGCUGGUGACGCUGCGCGGCCAGCAGCAGCAGCAGCAGCGGUAGCCCGACCCCCCACCACAUUGCUACACAGUGGCACUGCUCAUCUGUUUGUCUAAAAUGCUGAGCUUUCCCUGCAAUAGAAUAUCAACAGUAGAUAUUAAACCUUUGUCAGUUUGAGAGAGUUUUGUUCGCACAGUUGUUGACUAAUAUGAGUAAAUACUUGUCGUUAUAUCACUUUGACUUUUUCACUUAAAUAAAUAAUGUAUUAAAAAGAGGGAUAACAAUAUCAUCUCGCGCUUCAAAUUCUCGUAACAGCAACAUUGCAGAGUGAUGCUGGUGCGUACCAGAUUGAAUUGAAACAUAUAAACCUGUAGCUAUCACUUGCCACUUUAUGUUUGAAGAUACAUAUAUAAUAUCUUCGCGUGAUUUACAUUUGUGUGAUGGCAUUACAAAAGUGUUAUGUAUCACAACUUGUGAAUAGCUUUUAUUGUGAUUUGCAAAAAACUAAUGUGUAGAUUGAACAUAACAUCAACUACAUAAAGAUUAUAAAUAAUUUAUGUGAAUUUAAAAAUAUUUCAGUUAAAUUUGAUUGUUAAAUGGUUAUUUGGUCAAUUGUAUGUUGAGGUGUCUGAAGUGAGGUGCGGCUGAGAGCGCGGUGUGAGCGAGACGGAUGUAUACGUGACAUGUACAGGUGCGACAGAGACGGAAACUGGAGAUCGGUUACAACUAACUUCAGACUCGUGCAAAAUACAUUUUCUUAUGUUUGUUGUUUGUUAAAAGUUUUAAAUACAAAAUAUUAUAAUGUUUGUCCCUUUUAUUGAUUCAAUUGAAUAAUAUUAUUUGUAUUUACUCCUGGUGAAGCUCAGAAUAUGCGCGUUUACUGCUUAGUUAAUAAUAAUAAUAAUAAUAUUGUUUAUGCAAUAAAAUAGUAUUAAAAUAUUGUUGGGUAGACAGAAGCUGUGAAAGUGAAACGAAGACGUUUAGUUUAUUUAAUUUGUAUUAAUUUGUUUAAAUGAAGAAAUUAAAAAAUAUGACUGUAUCUAUUUAGUUAAAUGUUACAAAUAAUUAUGAAUCUGUACAUUUAUGAAUAUAAUUUUAAAAUUUAUCUAAAUCUUGAAAUAUUGUCAGCUAGUCUCCAAAUGUUAUACACAAAUUAUAUGUAUAUUGAAACAUCAUCGGUUCUAUUUAUUUACCGCAUGUUUCUGAGAGCAACAUCUCUGUAUCAUAUCGUUAUCUCUGUUAUUAUAUUUGACGAAACAGAGAUAGCAAUAUGUUGUGGAGGGGGGUUUUUGUCAGUCAGAAAGUGACGGUGAGUGAGGUGCGAGAUGAAGGUAAUUCGUCGCCACUUUACGGUGAUACGAAUUAUAUAUAUUAUGUAUGUAUAAAUAAUAUUUAAUGUAAAUGGCGAAGCGCCUCCACUUAUUUAUGUAAAUA